GGUUUGUCUGAGGAAUGGUCUUGCAAACGUUCGUUUUAGUUUAUUAACAAGUGGGCUGGGAAAACAAAUGGCGAACAUUUGCAUUCUGCUCCUAUAUAUAUGCAUGUAUCAGUACCGUAGAUAAAGACUCAGAAAGUAGAAAGAUGAUCUCCACUACAUAACCCUCUUGCAUUCUCAUCAUGGAUAUCUCAAUUUUCUUCCUUCUUAUUUUGCUCAUCCAAACUCCUCUCCUAUCUUCAUCAUCAGAAAAAUUUGACGUUCUCAGAGGCUCAUCUUUAUCUGUUGCGAACCCGAACGACAAACUGGUUUCUCCCAAUGGUGAUUUCUCUGCGGGAUUUUUCCCGGUCGGUGAAAACGCUUUCUGCUUCGCCAUAUGGUUGACAAGGUCCUCAGCUCCGACCGUUGUUUGGAUGGCAAACCGAGAUGAUCCGGUUGAUGGAACAGGUUCACAGCUUUCGCUUUCGAAAGAUGGCAAGCUUCGCCUAACAAACUCUGUUGGUAUAACUGUUUGGGCAACCAGAACAGCAGCCUCGACCCCUUUAGAGUCCUCGAAAUUGCAACUACAGCUCCAAAACACGGGAAAUCUUGUUCUAAAUCAUUCUCAGAGUAGUGUCAUCUGGCAGAGCUUUGAUUCACCAACAGAUACUCUUCUUCCACAACAAACACUAACCAGGAUUUCAACCCUUGUAUCAAAAUCAAGCAAAGUAGACUAUUCUUCUGGCUACUAUAAGCUAUUUUUUGACAACGAUAAUGUACUUCGACUGUUAUACCAAGGUCCUGUUGUAUCCAGUCUCUACUGGCCUGAUCCAUUGCUUAGUGAUCCUGGACUAGCCGGAAGGUCUAUGUACAACUCUAGUAGAGCUGCAGUACUGAACGAGUCGGGCUAUAUCUGGUCAUCUGAUCAUUUGGUGAUCCUAGAUACAGAUUUUGGUGUGAAAACUCACAGAAGAUUAACUCUUGAUCGUGAUGGUAACCUUCGAUUAUACAGCCUGGAAGCAAUGAAUGAAGGGUGGGAUUGGGUUGUCACAUGGCAAGCGGUGUCGGAUCCAUGCACGAUUCAUGGCAUAUGUGGGCCAAAUAGUGUUUGUAGUUAUGAUCAUGCUUCCGGCAGGAGAUGCUCUUGCUUGCAGGGAUUCAAGAUCAAAGAUCCAACUGAUUGGUCUUUUGGGUGUGAAGCAGACUUCAAUCUCCCUUGCAAUCAGAGUCAUGAAGAGCUGUCUAGUUUUGUCCAACUUUCUCAUGUUGACUUCUUUGGCAAUGAUAUAAAGUUCCAGCCUAAUGUGACCUUACAACACUGUGAAAACGAAUGCCUGACGACGUGUGGUUGCAAAGGUUUCCAAUUUAGAUUUAACGCAGAUGAGUACGGUGGCUAUUUAUGUUACCCCAAGUAUGAGUUACUCAAUGGACAACUUACACCAAAUUUUGAGGGAGACUUUUAUUUAAAAGUACCCAAAGCUGGUUUUGUCUAUAACAAGACGCUGGAUGCCGCCGAAUCAAGGUUGAAUUGCACAGUCGAACUUAGCAGGCAAGUUAGAGGAACGUAUGAAAAUAAGACAGUGAAGCUUUUGCUUUGGUUUGCUACUGCAGUGGGAGGCCUAGAGGUAACCUGCAUUUUCCUGGUGCUCUUUUUCUUGUUCAUGAGCAGUAAGAAUUCCGACCAAGUUGCAGAAGGAUACCUCCUGAUGUCUAGAUUCAAGCGAUUCAAGUUUUCUGAUCUGAAAAAGGCCACACGGGGAUUCGUUGAAGUGAUUGGACGAGGAGGGGUAGGGGUAGUAUACAAAGGUAUACUGCCCGAUAAGCGAGUUGCAGCAAUCAAAAGACUCGACGAAGCUAACCAAGGAGAAGCCGAAUUCCUAGCAGAAGUAAAUACCAUUGGGAGGCUUAACCACAUGAACUUGAUAGACAUCUGGGGAUACUGCGCAGAGGGAAAGCAUAGGCUUCUGGUGUACGAGUUCAUGGAGCAUGGAACCUUAGCAGAAAAACUUACUUCUAACGAACUUGAUUGGAAAAAGAGGUUUGAUAUUGCAGUGGGCACAGCGAAAGGCCUAGCUUAUUUGCAUGAAGAGUGCCUAGAGUGGGUUUUACAUUGUGAUGUAAAGCCUCAUAACAUACUCUUGGACUCCAACUAUCAACCAAAGGUAGCAGAUUUUGGUCUGUCUAAACUACUGAAUAGAAGUGAGCAUGAUCAUUCAAGCUUCUCAAAGAUGAGAGGAACUAGAGGUUAUAUGGCUCCUGAAUGGGUUUAUAAUCUUCCUAUCACUUCUAAAGUUGAUGUCUAUAGCUAUGGGAUUGUGGUGCUGGAAAUAGUUACUGGAAAGAGCCCCACAGGUACGCAGCAUAGCUCUGGUGGCGGAGGGGCGAAAGAGCAUACUAGAUUGGACACGCUGGUGAGGGAGAAGAUCAUGCAUGCUGAUGGUGAAGCUUCAAGGGAGUCGUGGAAUAUUGAGGAGAUUGUAGAUCCAAGCAUGGCCGGCAUAUAUGACUCGGCUAAGAUGGAGCUUCUGCUCAAGGUGGCUUUGCAAUGCGUUGCAGAAGACAAGGAUGAUAGGCCCACCAUGACCCAGGUUGUAGAGAUGCUUCGCUGCGAAGAGGUCAACUGAUAUAUCUAAUUAUGUUAAUUGUAAGAAGAAUAAUUUAUAAUGUUAAUUUUU